UGGUGGUCUAAAAUGGCAUAUACGACGAAAGCUGCUGACUCCAUCAUUUCAUUUCCAAAUUCUGCAAGACUUCGUACCAUUACUACAGAAACAGUCCGAUAUUCUAGUCUCACAAUUUCUAGAGCUCAGCAAAGAACCAUGGUUCAACAUCUAUCCUGUUAUGAAGCUAUGUACUCUGAACAUCUUUCUGAAAACUGCUCUGGGUCUCGAUGUGCAUAGCGAAAAUGAGGAGACAAAAACUUUCUUCAAUGCAAUCGAGAAGUUUAGUGAGGUUACUCAAUUCAAAAUAACUAGACCUUGGAUAAUUUUAGACGUCCUAUACAACCUGAUAUUUCCAGCAGCAAAUGUAAAUACUUACAUAAGUAUUGUCCACAGCUUCUUCAGAAAG